GGGGAAGCUACUUUGUAAGUCAAGCAAUCAUGUUGAGAAAUAACUCUGUGAAAGCUAUUGCUCAAUCGCAGAGAAUUGUAAAGAGACCUUUUGUAGUGGCAGCAGCAGCCAAUGCACUUCUCGGCUCAUUUGAAUUUUACAAGAACAUUGAUCUCGCUACUAAAAUGGACAAAGGGCAGCUUCAUUAUGAGGAUGCUAACGCUCAAUUCAAUAAGAAACGCACUGACCAACCAUUUUUCACGAGAGGUGAGCCAGAAUACCCAGGUCAUGUUCCAUUAUAUUUGCAUGAAAAAUUGCUUAUGUUUUUAGGAUCUUCCCUUGGAGCAUACCUUCACCCUGAACGGAAUGAGUUUAUUGUGGCAUUGGGCGAGUCUGCAGCCGUGACUCCCGUGUUACGGUCUAUUCAAACAACCAUGCUUAAUGAUCCUGUUGGAAGACAAAUACUUCGUGAAAGACCAAGAAUGACUUCUACGUCACUUGAUUUGGAUCAUUUACGAGCAUUACCUUCUAAUUCUAUUGGUGGAACCUAUGUCAGUUGGUUAGAUCGUGAGAAUUGUAGUCCUGAUACCAGAGUUCCUGUGAGAUAUAUAGACAACGAGGAAUUGGCAUACAUAUACCAGAGAUAUCGGGAGUGCCAUGAUUUCUAUCAUGCUAUAACUGGUUUGCCAAUUACAAUUGAAGGUGAGAUUGCAGUCAAAGUGUUUGAGUUUAUGAAUAUCGGGAUGCCAAUGAGUGGGUUAGGUAGUUUGUUUGCACCAUUGCGAUUAAAAAAGAGUCAAAAAAAGAGAUUAUACGAUGUGUAUUACCCUUGGGCAUUUAAGUCAGGACUUAAUUCCAAGCCAUUGAUGAAUGUGUAUUGGGAGAAGAUCUUGGAAAAAGAUGCCGAUGAAUUUCGCAGCGAAAUGGGGAUCGAAAAGCCCCCAGAUUUGAGACAAAUGAGAAAACAGUACUUUGACAAGUUGAAAAAGUCAAAGGGAUUGUAAAGCCUUGUAUAUAGAAAGUGUAUGUCUUAUGCCCUCCAUUGUUGUCCUGUUUUAGGCAACAACAAAAACCCUUGUCGUGAAAUUUCACGUCAGUAGAAAAAUAGCAAACCUUCACACGCAUCCCCAAUUUCGUAUUAUUGUUGUUACAGCCCCUUCUUCGUGUAGUUGUUUUC